CCCGCCCCGCUUCGGGCCCCUUUAAAGCGCCCCGGCCGGCGCGUGCCCGCCCCACAGCCGCAACCGCCAUGAAGCGAGACCCGCAGCCCCCGCUCCCCGCCGCCGCCUCCUCCUCCUCCUCCUCUUCAUCCCUCGCCGCCCCGGGGGAGGCGGAGGAGGGCGCGGAGCCGGCGCUGGCGCCGCCGGUGUGGAUCUUCGGGUACGGCUCGCUGGUGUGGAGGCCGGGCUUCGAGUUCACGUCGCGCAAGGUGGGCUUCAUCCGCGGCUACAGCCGCCGCUUCUGGCAGGGAGACACCUUCCACCGCGGCAGCCAGCGGGCGCCCGGGCGGGUGGUGACGCUGCUGGAGGACCGGGGGGCGUGCACGUGGGGGGUCGCCUAUGAAGUCCGCGGGGAACAAAUCGCAGCGUCGCUCCAGUAUCUCAACAUGCGAGAAGCUGUCCUGGGGGGCUACGACACCAAGCUGGUGAAGUUUCACCCGCAGGAGAAAGAUGCAGAGGAACCCAUCCUGGCUCUUGUUUACAUUGCGACACCCCAGAACCCGUCUUACCUUGGCCCAGCGUCUGAAGAAGACAUUGCAGCUCAAAUCAUUGUCUCAAGUGGUUGUGCUGGUCACAACAUUGAGUACCUGCUGAGACUGGCAGACUUUAUGCGCUACUUUUGUCCUCAGGCAGAGGAUAAACAUCUCUUCUCCAUCGAAGAGGCUCUUGUUUCCAUCCUUCCUUGCCUAUACUACACAGAGGAGCCCUUAGACGAAACUGCAAGUGACCCUCAGAAAUCUAAGGGUUGAAACAGAAUUUUUUUGCAGGGUCCUGGUAGAAGGGACAUAAGGGUGAAAGCAAUGGGGACAAUCUUAACUAUGAUAAAAUAUACUGGACUGAGUGAAUAAAGGGAGAAUUAGCAAGUAGUAGGGGAGGGAGGAAGUGGAGUAAGACGUGCUUGCUAUAGGACUUGCAAUGAGUACCUGUUACACUCCUUACCUGUUGCACCACCAUAGCCCUUGCUGCUUCCAAGGUGGGGAGCAGGGAUCUUUGCUGGAACUUUGCUCUGCAAGACUUGCUUCCAGGGGUCAGACCCGAAGCACUGGCUUUCUUUAGAGAAGAAAGAGGCUCAUCUAUUCUGUGCACUUUUUUUUUUUUUUUUUUUUUCUUUGAAGACUAGUUGAGCAGGACUUGACUGGGUUUAAGCAGUAUAUAUGUAAUUCUACCUCAGAUUGGCAAAAACUGUGGUGGUGGGGACUUGGGCAGUUUCUGCCAAAUAAGACCUUUUUUUUCCCCUCCCCCCCCUCCCCCCCCCAUGUCCCACCUCCAGUACAAUGACCUGACACUAAAUUUCAGGACUUCUGUGCAAUAUUAAGUGAACUGGCCUCAGUAGGUUCUUGUAGAUCCUACCUCCCUGUGUUGUGAAGGAUCACAGUAAUGCACUUAUUUUCUAAAAUGUCGUAUUUAUUAUGUGUUGUAUUUCCCCUUAGGAGGGGUAUCUAAACUGCUCACAUGCCACAGUGGUAUGUGGCCCACAUCCAACCUUGCAUUUGUGCCUUCUAGUUUUAAAUCAGUUUUCUGAGGAGCUAAGCCUGCUUUAAUGACAGAAGCUUUUCUCCAAGCUCCACUGACCUUGUGCUGCUAACUCACUCCAUGAGGAAUGGUUCUGCCUGUGUGGGAAGUCUGUGCUGCCUGCGGGCAAGCUGUCUGGAUGCAGCAGCGUUUCAGCUAGCCCUGUACUGGAUAAACCCGGGAUGCUUCACUAUAACGUGGGUUUCUGUAGAAGCAUUCAAGGGUUCUAGUUCCAUACCAGGGUGUCUGUCUGGGACGCUUUUAUCUGACUGCAGAGGACCACGACUGAGCAUACCUGCAAGCCUUCAAGCUGCCGCAAAGCCUGCCUCGGUCGUGUUAAGCAAAGGCACCGCUGCAAGCUCUGACUCUCCAGCUUCACGUAUUAACAGCAUGAAAACCCGCAGUAUUUUGUAAGAAAACUGCUGCUACCGCAACUGCAGCAAAAUAGCUCGAGAGCUGCUGACCCCUGGGACAUUUGACUCCUCCCAAAUACCACGUGGGGAUUUUAUUAUAAAAAAGAUUAGGGACUGUUUGUAUUACUGUGGCUUGUAUGUAUAUGAAGUAGUACUGUGCUGUGCCCAGUAAUAAAACAAACUGACAAAGUUAGUCUUCUGUA